AUGCUGGGCAGCAGAGCCGGUCGGGAAGCGCCCCUCCUUGCUUUGCUGCAGCUCGUAGGAGGGGUGUCUGGCUCGUGCAAUCCCUUCUGUGAGAAGAAGACCGACCCGUGGGAGUCGCUCUGCACCUGGAAUGGCUGCGACGGUUGCAGCGAAUGCUACGUCCCGCCAGCGCCUGCAAGCCGACCACAAUGCCAGGGCUUCUGUGAAGCAAAGACGCAACCCUGGGACAACCGAUGCAGCUGGGCGGGCUGCGGCGGCUGCACCGAGUGCGGCGCCGAGUCCGAGUGCAAGCCAUUCUGUGAGGACAAGACGCAGGCAUGGGAUGACAAGUGCACCUGGGAGGGCUGCAAGGGCUGCAUCGAGUGCUCUCUCCCUGCGCCGGCGUGCAAGCCGUAUUGUGAGGACAAAACACAGGCCUGGGGUGACAAGUGCACCUGGCAGGGCUGCAACGGCUGCUCCGAGUGCGGCGCCGAGUCCGAGUGCAAGCCGUUCUGUGAGACCAAGACGCAACCUUGGUCGGUAAAGUGCUCAUGGAACGGCUGCUCGGCCUGCGGGGACGUGUGCAAUGCGUGCAAGCCCUACUGUGCGGUCAAGACGGACCGGUGGGAUAUGCUCUGCAGCUGGAACGGCUGCUCUAGCUGCACCGAGUGCUCCGUCUCCUCUUCCGCCAUUCCUGCUUGA